ACUGUGGAGGACAACAGUAGAAUCAUGUUCUUGCUAAGUUUAUUUCUCACCAUGAUUCUUCUGAACUCCAGCUUGCUGAUAUCAGCAGGUCGUGGUGGGCAUGAUGGUGGGCAUGACGGCCACAGUCACGGUGGGCACAACGGCCACAGUCACGGUGGGCACGAUGGCCACAGUCACGGUGGGCACGGUGGGCAUGAUGGUCACUAUCAUGGUGGGCACGAUCAUGAUGGUCAUGACAAUGACUACUGCAGGAGGUCUACUGACACCAAAACCGCAUGUGAAGGUUCUGUCCUGCAUCUGUCCUGUCCUGAUCAUUUUAAGAUCAAGAUCCUUGCUGCAAACUAUGGACGUACAGAUCGCACAACCUGUGUUGACUAUCAUCCAUGGAGGGAAAUCAAAAAAACAGACUGCUAUUCAUAUCACUGUCUGACUGAUGUGUCUGCAAGGUGUGAUGGACGCAAGAGCUGCUCUAUACCAGCCACCAAUGGUGAAUUCUCUGAUCCGUGUUAUGGCACAUACAAGUACCUGAGGGUCAAAUACUGCUGCAAGCGUCCUAGGAGUUGAUCUUGUGGAUCAGAGUCCUUUCUCUGCCAGCAUCUCCACUGAAGUUUGUUCAAUAAAAGCUUUUAAUGUUAAUG